AAGGCUCAGCAUUGUUUUGUCUGAAAAAAUAAAUCAGAAACUCACUCAAGAUGACCUCCAGCAGCGAAUGAAUCCACAAAUUAACCCAUCUGGUUCUAGCCUAGUAGGGUGUCCAGAUCCAGCCUGAUGAUGUUACCUAGUUUGGAUCAUGAAACGUCUGCCAGAAAACCACCGAGCUCAGAGAGCACCGAGGACCCCACGCUUCAGAUCUCUGAGCAAACUCUCCUCCCUUCUACCACUGAUGAUGUUACCUAGUUGGGUCCUGAAACGUCUGCCAGAAAACCACCAAGCUUAGAGAGCAUCAACGACCCCUCUUUUCAACUCUGAGCUACAAAUAUUCUCCUUUAUUGGGAAAUAAGAAAUAUUUCAAGCGCAGUGAGUUAGCAAAGAAGGAGGAAGAGGCGUAUUUCAAAAGAUGCGGAUACAAGGUCAGCGAUGAAGCCGAAAAGGAUGAAAACCCAGCGUCUUCCAAUCCGGUACUGGAGCUGGAACUGGCAGAGGAGAAGCUGCCCAUGACUCUUUCCAGGCAAGAGGUCAUUCGGAGACUGAGAGAAAGAGGGGAGCCCAUCAGACUGUUUGGGGAAACAGAUUAUGAUGCCUUUCAGCGAUUGCGAAAAAUAGAAAUUCUGGCCCCGGAAGUGAACAAGGGAUUGAGGAACGACCUGAAGGCGGCUUUGGAUAAGAUCGACCAGCAAUACCUGAACGAGAUUGUAGGGGGGCAGGAACAAGGAGAGGACGACGCGCAGAAUGACCUCAAAGUCCACGAGGAGAACACGACUAUUGAAGAACUAGAGGCAUUGGGAAAAUCCUUAGGUCGAGGUGACGACCAUAAAGAUAUGGAUAUCAUCACUAAAUUCUUGAAGUUUCUCCUCGGAGUUUGGGCAAAGGACCUGAAUGCGAGAGAAGAUUAUUUGAAACGGGGCGUCCAGGGAAAAUUGAACAGCGCGACCCAGAAGCAGACGGAAUCGUACCUGAGGCCUCUCUUCAGAAAACUCCGUAAAAGGACUCUGCCUGCCGACAUCAAGGAAUCCAUCACAGAUAUUAUCAAGUUCAUGUUGCAAAGGGAAUACGUGAAGGCCAAUGACGCCUAUCUCCAGAUGGCUAUUGGGAAUGCGCCCUGGCCCAUUGGCGUCACCAUGGUUGGCAUCCAUGCCCGUACCGGUCGCGAGAAGAUCUUCUCCAAGCACGUGGCCCACGUUUUGAACGACGAGACUCAGAGGAAAUACAUCCAGGGUUUGAAGAGGCUGAUGACCAUUUGCCAGAAGCACUUCUCCACCGACCCGUCCAAAUGUGUGGAGUACAACGCCUUGUGACAACGGCGCAACCUGUGUCUGCUCUUGGGAACCCAGGCAAGACGGGAGCGGAACAGCCUUGGUGCGAACUUGGCCUCUGAAGCGUGGAAGAAACAGCUGAGGUCAAUGCUGGUUAAGUUUGGCACCUGUUUGGACUUCAACUCCCAGAAUUCCCCAGCCGGCCAUGCAAUUCUGGGAGUUGAAGUCCACGGAUCUUCCUGCUGCCAGACUUACAAACACCGUGUGACGUCGUGCCCAAGCAAUCAGUCACCACAGCUUAAAGCUUCUAUCAGCUUGUAUAUAUCUUUUUUUUUUUGUAUAGUCUUUGUAGGAAAUCGUCUCUAAAAAAAAAUCUGGUAGGGGGUCACGUUUAGAGAAACGGUGCGCAUGAGCUCAUGUUAGUGGCAGAGGAUGAUCAUAUGCGGGUGAAAAAUAGACUUAAAAGGAAGGGUUAAUUUCAUUUUUAAAAACCAAAGCUAUGGAUAAGUACGCCGAAACAAAUCAAGAUUCGUUAAUGUCUAGUGCAACUUGUAAAUUUAAGCCACGUUGUUCGAAGGUUUGAUCCUUUGGGACAGGCUCCGAUUCUGGGUUCAGAUCUAAAACCUCCACUUUCCUUCUCUAUUUUCCUCGAUCACCUACUGAUUUGUAUCGUGGUUUGUUAAACUUGGAAUGCCAGCUUAAGAGGAGCCUCAAAUAUUGUCACGAAAGUUCAUUAUAGCAGUCCUGAUCUUGAUUUUUAAAAAAUAGCUAUUACGGAUUAUGGGCAAUAAUAAUUUGAUUAUUAGGUCAGGAAGAAGCACCUUCUAGGAACAGGGAUCUGGCUCAUCUCUCUCUCUCUCAAGAACUGACAAAUUUGCAUUUGCUCUGCAUUUCUUAAUUUAUAAAGUUACUUUCCUGCCUAUUAAGUCUGGAGAAUUAUUUCUGUGACACCGAAGGCUGAAAAAAAGGUGAUUUUGGUCGGCAAAUAUUUUGGAAGGUAGAUGAAACAAAAGGGUAUAACUUUACUAACUUAAAACGCCGCAGUUAAAUUUAAGUAUUAGCUAGAAACCCCCUCACUUGGAAUUUGUUUAUUUAAUAUAGUAUUUUUGUUCAACAGGGAUGGGAAAGCUUAUAACUAUUUGUAGACCUGCUAUGUAAAGAGUUCGAAUUUAUCAAUUUCUCUUUUUUUCCACUAUCCACCCGGGUUGGAUUCUCUCUGUUUAAUGUUUGUUUGAUGCUUGCAUCAUUUUUUUUCCUCCUUUUUCGUGCAUCAGUCUUUUUUCUUUCUCAUUGUUGUCAGUGCUGGAAGUAUGGUGGGUUUUUUCCGUUUUGUUUUUCUUUUUUCUGUUUUGUUUUUUACGAUAAAACUAAAUAAAUAUAUAUAUAAAAUUAA